GAAGCCGGCGAAAGGGGCAGUCCGGGGAAACUCUGGUGGCUCUCCCAGAUUGAGGCCGGGAAAGGGGUGCGCGCUUGCGCAGAGCCGGAGCUCUGGUGUAUUGGCGGCGGCGGCGGCAAUAAUAGCAGGAAGCCGCUCACCAUCAUCGCGUGAGGGGGGCCCGCGAUCCUUGGUCGCCGACGGGCCGCCUGCGCUCCCCUUUCUUAGCUCCUCGGGAAGCGGUCGCGGGGCAGCCAUGUCUCUGAAUCAAUAUGAGAGGCAUUACAACUCCAUCAACUCCGACUUCGGAAGCGAGUCGUCCAGUAGGAGCAGCUCCCGUCCUGGUUCGGGCUUGGGGGGCGAGCAGGAGGAAUUGCAUUACGCCCCUAUACGGGUUUUGGGUCGGGGGGCGUUCGGCGAGGCCACCCUGUAUCGCCGGACUGAGGACGAUUCACUUGUAGUAUGGAAGGAAGUGGAUCUUACCAGAUUGUCAGAAAAAGAGCGGCGUGAUGCUUUGAAUGAGAUUGUUAUUCUUGCUCUGUUGCAACAUGAUAAUAUCAUUGCUUAUUACAAUCAUUUCAUGGACAACACCACUUUGCUGAUUGAACUGGAGUACUGUAAUGGUGGAAAUCUCUAUGAUAAGAUCCUACGACAAAAAGAUACAUUGUUUGAAGAAGAGAUGGUAGUGUGGUACCUCUUUCAAAUUGCAUCAGCAGUGAGCUGUAUCCACAGAGAAGGAAUUCUUCACAGAGAUAUAAAGACCUUGAAUAUCUUCCUCACCAAAGCAAAUCUCAUAAAACUGGGGGACUAUGGCUUAGCAAAAAAAUUGAAUUCUGAGUAUUCCAUGGCUGAAACUUUGGUAGGAACUCCGUACUACAUGUCUCCAGAGCUCUGCCAGGGAGUAAAAUAUAAUUUCAAGUCUGACAUAUGGGCAGUUGGCUGUGUUGCUUUUGAGCUCCUUACCUUGAAGAGAACUUUUGAUGCAACAAAUCCCUUGAACCUCUGUGUGAAGAUUGUGCAAGGAAACCGGGCAAUGGAGGUUGAUUCCAGCAUGUACUCCGUGGAUCUCAUCCAAAUGGUGCAUUCCUGCCUUCAUCAGGAUCCAGAGAAGAGACCUACUGCUGAUGAGCUACUUGAGAGUCCAUUUAUCAAGAAACGCAGGAGGGAUAUGGAGGAAAAAGUUGCACUUCUUAAUGGCCCAAACAAACGCCCAAGAACAAGUACUAUGAAUGAAGCACCUAUUGCAGUGGUGACUUCACGCACUAGUGAAGUAUAUGUAUGGGGAGGUGGAAAGUCCACUCCUCAGAAGCUGGAUGUUAUUAAAAAUGGCUGCAGUGCACGGCAGGUCUGUGCAGGAAACACUCACUUUGCAGUGGUAACAGUGGAGAAAGAGCUCUAUACUUGGGUGAACAUGCAGGGAGGCACUAAACUACAUGGCCAAUUGGGACAUGGAGAUAAAGCUUCGUAUCGGCAGCCUAAGCAUGUGGAAAAAUUGCAGGGCAAAGCUAUUCGUCAAGUAUCGUGUGGGGAUGACUUUACAAUCUGCAUUACAGAUGAAGGUCAAGCUUUUGCCUUUGGUUCAGAUUACUAUGGCUGCAUUGGCAUUGACAAGGCUUUUGGGUCUGAGGUCCUGGAGCCCCGGCAGAUCAAUUUUUUUUUCAGUAAUCCGGUGGAACAGGUUUCCUGUGGAGAUAAUCAUGUGGCAGUGCUGACACGAAAUCAUGAGGUCUACACAUGGGGCUGUGGAGAAUAUGGUCGCUUGGGUUUGGAUUCAGAAGAGGAUUACUCCAUCCCACAAAAGGUAGAAAUUCAAAAGACUUCCAAUAUUGUCUCAGUCCAGUGUGGCAGUGAUGGAACCUUUCUCCUCACACAAGCUGGCAAGGUGUUGGCCUGUGGUCUGAAUGAAUUCAACAAGCUAGGCCUGAACCAAUGCACUUCAGGGAUUAUUAAUCAUGAUGCUUAUCAAGAAAUCCCAUAUGCUACGACUUUUACUUUGGCCAAGAAACUCUCUUUCUACAAAAUUCGCACUAUUGCCCCAGGAAAGACACAUACUGCUGCCAUCGAUGAGCGGGGUCGUCUGCUUACUUUUGGCUCCAAUAAGUGUGGACAGUUGGGUGUUGGGGAUUAUAAGAAGCACCUAGGCAUUAAUUUACUAGGAGGGCCCCUUGGGGGAAAACAGGUCAUCAGAGUUUCCUGUGGUGAUGAGUUCACCAUAGCUGCUACUGAUGAUAACCAUAUAUUUGCAUGGGGUAAUGGAGGGAAUGGCCGUUUAGCAAUGACACCAACAGAGAGAGCUCACAGUUCUGAUAUUUGUACAUCAUGGCCUCGGCCCAUUUUUGGCUCCUUGCAUUAUGUUCCAGAUUUAUCUUGUCGUGGAUGGCAUACCAUAAUAAUUGUUGAAAAAGUUAUAAAUUCUAAAACCAUCCUUCGCUCCAGUAGCAGUGGCCUGUCCAUUGGGACUGUGGCACAGGGUUCUACAGCUGAAUCAAAUGAGGAAGAAGAAACUGAACAGGAUUCUGAGAGCCCUGAUAAUAGCAGAGGCUUCCGGAGAACUAUGGAAGCAGAUUGCGGAAUGGGAGAGCAGAUCAGCACCACAGAAGUAGCUGUAGAUAGCAGUGCUGCUAGCAGCUCCUGUCCUAGUUGGCUGCGUAAGGAGCUGGAGAAUGCAGAGUUCAUCCCAAUGCCCCAAACCCCUUCUCUUGAAAGCUUAGCCUCUUCCAGAUCUGACAAAGAAACUUUUCCCUACAAUGAACUAAAAGGACUCCAUAUGCCUUCGCCCACACCAGUUGACAUUAACGAAUCCAAAUCAGAAUCUUGGCAGCUAGUCUUGGAUUCAACAGAAUCCUGUGAUAGAGGGAAAUUGCCUGUGGCAUCAUCUGAAUGUAAAUGCAGUUUUCUGCAGGCUGAAGUGGAACGUCUGAGUGGCUUAAUAUCAAAGUGCUUGGCAGAUCAAGAAAAAUUACAACAAGAAACUGCCUGUCUUAAUGCCCAGCUGCAGGUUCUCUCUAGGAGACAAGGAACACACCAGCUGGAAUCUCAUUCCAAAGCUACACAAACAUCCAAAGAAGAGAUGGAAUCAGAUCCAAAGCCUGACUUGGAUUCUGAAUCCUGGUGUCUCCUUGGAACUGACUCAUGCCGCUUUAGCCUGUAGUCUUUAUAUCCUGGAACCUAUUCAUUUUCACACAACAUUAACUACAUGUAGAGAACAGCUUUCCUAGAUUCAGGUCCUUCGUUAACAAUGAAGUCAAGAGUCUCUAUAGCCUCCACGUAUGCAAGAGAGGAAGCACUGCCUUAAGCUAUGAAACUAGGAGGGGAUUUAGAGAGAGUGUGAACAGUUAAAUUCAAACCAAUGUCUGUGCAGGUAUGACAAAGGUGAGUUCUCUCAGUGUAUUGUUGAGUCGGUAACACUGUUCCCAGGAAUGGUUCCAGCAGCAGCACUUCGUUUACUUCCUAACUUUUAAACAACAGCAUUGAAUGCAACCGUAUUCACUUCAUCUUCAAGCAGUUCAAAGAUGAACAAUUAUUGAAAAGAGAAAGCCAGCAAACACCUACAUUGACAGUAAAAUUGAAUGCUCUGAGUUACUUUUAGCUGAUAAAGUUAAAGGAGAAGCAUCUUAGCCUCUAAGAAUGAAGUUUGAAGAAGGCGAAAUAUUAAAAAAAAGUGGAUGAAAGCAUCCCAAGAGAAAAAAAAAACAAGUUUCUAUUUAUAUUCAUUUCUAAACACAUAUACAUGAAUCUGCAGAUAACUUAUUUAUAGUUUUAGGGAUGUUGGAGAAGGACAUCAAGCACCCCUUUUUUUUCAUUGCCGUUAGGCAUUGUUCAAAUGCAAAAGAACUGGCUGAACUCUUUCAGCCGCUCUAAAUCUCUAGCUCUAGAACUCAACAAGCACUGCUUUUGAUGUCAGACAGAGUGAUUGGAAUUUGAAAUCAGACACAUUUAUGACUUGACUCAUAUUAUUCAGUUAUUGGCCUGAAUUCCAAUAAGAACUAUGGAAAACCUCUUCUUUUUGCCCUAAAUCAGUAUUUUUGCUUCCUUUCAAUACUUAAUGAAACUGGACUUAAACAUUGCUUUUAACAAAGUAUGUGCAUCAGAUAUAGUGGUCACAAUCAAUUAUCAUACAUCACUUCAGAACUACUUCUCUAGUAUUAUUACUAAACUAUGCAUGAAAUUUUUUGAAGGUAUGUUGCUUUGUUUUUCACAUUUAAAAAUGAAAUUGAUAUUUUUAUUAAUUGGAUUACUUCACUAUCUACUCCUUUGGCAUACAUAUAAUUUCUAAGAACUAUUUCUGCAUUUCUUUUUACAAUAGUAUGGGGUUUUAUUACAGCUUAACUAUAACUUUUAGAAAAAGUUCUUUUGUAUGCUUGUGUCCCAUUAUUUUAUUUGGUAGACCCUUGAUUUUAAUUUCAACUUCUGAUAUAUCUCCAACAUCUCUUACAUAUUCUAUAAUUUUAUCAGACUGAGAAAAGGAGAAGGGAAAGAGUGUUAAACCAAAAUUUGGUCUGUUAAAUAUUUUAGAUCAUUGUGCCAUUUGGUUGAUUUCUUGCCCUCCAAAAAUUACUGAAGUUUUUUUCACCCCAUAUGAAAAUACUGUUUCAUCAACAGAGGUUGUCUUUUUAUUAAAAAAAAAUGUUGGGGCUACAUCUAGUAAAAAAAAAAACAUGGAGCAGAUGAGAAUCACUAUUUUGCAGAGCACUGUUUUUAUUUCUCUGCUCUGGAAUACUAACUCACUGUACUGAGUGGUGAUCCGUCAGCAAUACAUGUGUGCCUUUAAAUAUAACACUGUCCAAGUUGUGCCUGUUACAGAUCCUGAUAUAUGCCCCAGCCCUGCUAUGCAACCAAAGCAGAGAUUUUGUCCCACCUAAAGGAUGAAGGGAAAAGGCCAAAGUAUUUUUUAGAAGUCUGUUUCCCUUCUCCCUUUUUUAGCAGGGCUAGUUCUUAAAUGACGGUUACUUACUAGCAUUGCUGUUGAUCUAUUAUAUUGAAAUACAAUGUAUGAAAACUAUUUUGUUGUAAUCUGUUUUUCUAAAAUGCAAUAGUGGAAUGGUUUGAUGUUUUUUGUUUCAAUAAAUUUUGACACUCAA